AUGACUCGCCUCCCUGACACGCUUCGUGCUGUUCGUGAUCACUUCCUCUCUCUCGACCCCACCAAACUUGUGUCCUCUGUUGCCUCUACUACUGCUGUCGACCUCCUUGGUGUUGAGGAGGUUGGUGCUGCGUCUGUUCCUGCUGGUAGGCGUAAGAGCGGUACGGGCAAGGGGGGCAAGGGUGGGGGUGGUGGGGGAGGUGGGGGUGGCGGUGGUAGUGGCGGGGGCAGUUGUGGUGGAAGUGGUGGGGGAGGAGGGGGUGGUGGCGGCAUUGGAGGUGAAGGGGGUAGUGGGAGCAGUGGGGGUGGUGGAGGGGGCGGGGGUGGCACUCAGGGUGGAGCUGGAGGGGGUGGAGCUGGAGGCUCGACUACACGCACUGCUACGUCUGGUGGUGCAGCCGGUGGUGGAGGCGGCUCUGAGGGACGCUGA